CAUUUGUAAAAAAUUAAAGUAAAGUAAUUUAUAAAUCUAUAUAAAAAGGGUAAACUGGUCGAGUUCUUUUUCGAGAGGGAUACCUCAUCUUCUUCUUGGCAUUCCCACUGGGACCAUUCUUAGGAGGGCUUCUCUUCUUAGAUACUCUAAAUGUUUGUGAUACUUGUUGUACAGGUUCUUUGGUUUCCUCUACAGGGCUUUCCUCCUGACGACUCUUUACUGGAAAUGUCUCAUCUUGUUGCGAACACGACUCAUAGAAUUCCAUAUGGCAAAACCCUGAGUUCUGUUGUGCCAAUAUCUCAUCAUACAGCUUCUCUUGUUCUCUGAAAUAUUCCAUCUCAUUAGUGUUAAAAAUUUUUGAGGUAGCAAAUGGAUCUUCUUUAUAUC